CAAAAGAAUCCACUCCAUUCUGUUUCCAAAGUGCACUAGCCUUUUAUGAUCCUGCUGUAUUAAACAUUUUUCAGUAAUGCUCAAAAACAAUGUCCACGGCCUCUAAGGUGGUCCUGGGGUUGUCGAUAGUGCUCACUAUCAGCACCGUCGCAGGAGUUCAUAUCAAGCAGAACUGGGACAGGCAGAGGCUGCGCGAGGGAGUUCUGCGGGAUCUGGAGCGCGCGGAGCGCAAGCGCGAGAACCUGCGCGCUCUCGACGAGCAGAUCCAACUGACCAGACAGCUCGUGAGCGAGCGCGACGGACGAGAGGCUGAAAGCGCGCCACCACACAAUCCAUAAACAGACUA